AUGCCAAACGAGGAGAGGAGAAAGGAGCUCGGAGAUAUUGAAAACCUAACAGAAGAUAAAAUCGAUGAGAUUCUGCAUAAAUUUUUAUAUGAUCUGAAACAAGACUCUCUCGAGGUGAAUGGUUGGCAGAUGAUGCUACCAGCAUAUAGCAUAUCAAAAGUAUCACUCAAUGCUUACACUCGAAUUCUUGCAAGAAAGUAUCUGAAAAUGUGCAUCAAUUGUGUCCAUCCUGGAUUCGUCAACACAGAUAUAACCUGGCAUAGAGGAACAAUGCCUGUUGAGGAAGGAGCUGAAGGACCUGUCAUGCUAGCUCUUUUGCCUGAUGGAGGACCUACUGGUUGCUACUUUGAUCAUACAGUACUCGCCGAGUUUUAG